GCUGUCCCAGCAGUCACUCGGGGCAAGGUGGCUCCGCCCUUCCCAAGAUGGCGCUGUACUCCAUGCGGAAGGCGCGUGGGUGCUGGACCUGCAUCCGGGCACUGCACCGAGGAUCCGAAGCUACUCCCGUUCCCCAGAAAGACAGCGUGAAACGGGUGUUUUCUGGCAUACAACCUACAGGAAUCCCCCACCUGGGAAAUUACCUGGGAGCCAUUGAGAACUGGGUGAAGUUACAGGAUACAUAUGACACGGUGCUGUACAGCAUUGUGGACCUCCACUCCAUCACCGUCUCGCAAGACCCCACCACACUCCGUCAGAGCCUCUGGGACAUGACUGCUGUCCUUCUUGCCUGUGGCAUAAAUCCAGAGAAAAGCAUCCUUUUCCAACAGUCUCAGGUGUCUGAACACACUGAGUUAAGUUGGAUCCUUACCUGCAUGGUCAGACUGCCUCGAUUACAGCACUUGCAUCAGUGGAAGACAAAAACCACGAAGCAGAAGCAUGAUGGAACAGUGGGUCUGCUCACAUACCCAGUCCUCCAGGCAGCUGACAUUCUGUGCUACAAGUCCACACACGUUCCUGUUGGGGAAGAUCAAGUCCAGCACAUGGAACUAGUUCAAGAUCUAGCUCGGGGUUUCAACAAAAAGUAUGGGGAGUUCUUUCCAUUGCCCAAGUCCAUCCUAAGUAAGUAACAAACAUGAUUAUAA